AUGAGGAAACGAGUCGUGAUAUUCGGCUGCACCGGGAACACUGGUCUUUGCGCUCUGAGAACCGCCGUAGCAAAUGGUCUGGCGGUGAGAGCUUUUGUAAGAGAUGAGGCCAAGAUUCCCGAAGAUCUUAAGAGUGAUGUCGAACCAGUUGUUGGAGAUGUUACUAAUGCGGAGCAGGUUGCAAAUGCGGUAGCUGGUAGAGACGCCGUCGUGGUAGUGCUUGGUACCGGGCAUGAUUUGAGCCCUACUACCGUGCUAUCUCAAGGCAUGAAGAAUAUAAUAGACGCCAUGAAAGCGCACAAUGUUGAGCUGGUUUCCGUAUGCUUGUCAGCGUUUUUAUUCCUCAAAUUUGAAGCAGUCCCGGCUAUAUUUAAAGAUUUGACUGCAGAUCAUCAGCGCAUGUUUGAUAUGAUCAAAUCGAGUGGUUUAAAGUGGGUGGCGAUACUGCCACCACACAUUGCAGACACACCAAAAUCCAAGUACACCGUCACAUUCGAUUCUUCACCUGGACGAAUAAUCUCCAAACACGACUUGGGUGCGUUCCUCGUCGAGUGUCUCGACAAUCCCGAUUAUUACCAAAAGGUCUGCGGCAUCGCCACGUCAUGAUGCGAGAAGAGGAAUGUAGGGAUAUAUAAAUAAUAAGAUGCAUGUAUUUUUUCUAGUGGAAAAAUAAAUAUGUAUAUUUAUGUAAACUGUUA